AUGCACGUCGGUAUUGUCGGUGCAGGUAUAUCCGGCCUUUAUACCGGGCUCUUGCUACGUCGAGAAGGUCACAGAGUGACCAUAUUCGAGGCAGCAGACCGUGUAGGGGGACGUAUCUACACUCAUCGCUUCACUCCCCAAGUUAAAUCACAAGAUGUAUACUUCGAGGCUGGAGCGAUGAGAAUCCCCCGCUCGUCGCUUCAUUCCAUGGUCUUUGACCUGACACGCUAUUUGAACACGCACGGUCCCGCCGAGAACUGGAUUGAGUUGAUUCCCUAUAUCCUUGAACACGAAAAUAACAAAUCGUUUUUCAGGGGUCAAAAGGGACUACUGCAAGAUCCUCGCUGGUCUGCAGACGCGGAUCUCCCCGCAGGCUUCCGUAACAAGACUCCACAGCAACUUCUUGGUCGCGUGGUCAUCCCAUGGCUGACGUUACUCCGUCAGAACUUCGACGAUGGGUUUACAAAAUUGCUGCAAUACGAUGAGUACUCUUUUCGUGCCUAUCUACGCUCUGCUGCUGGAUGGCCUCAUGAAGUAAUUGAAUUCGUCGAGCUUUUCUGUUCGCAGACGAACCAGUAUGAACUUAGCUUUACCGAAAUCAUCAUGCAGAACCUCGACUUUGACACUAAGGAUUGGGUGACAAUUCGCGAUGGCAUGUCACGCAUGACCCAGUGUGCAGCUUGCCUUGUUGGCUUUGAGAACAUCCGCCUCAACACGCGAGUAGAUCGGAUCACCAAUUUGGACGAUGGGCGCGUCGAGUUGUCAGCCAAGGGCCUGCAUCAAACGACUACCAGAGCAUUUGACGCCGUGGUCCUUGCUAUACCCCCUCUGGCAGUCCACAGUAUAGUGGACCGACCUAGGUGGUCCUUCAUGAAGGAGCAGGCGAUCCGGGGUGCGCACUACGAGCCGCUCUACAAGAUGGGAAUGCAUUUUCGCAGCCGUUUCUGGGAGAGAACUGACAGAAACCCGUGCUUUGGGGGUCAAAGCACGACAGACCUGCGUUUCCGGUGGAUCGUGUUUCCAUCGAAUGACCUGGGCAGCAAUGGGAGCGGUGUGUUGCUGCUGUACAGCUGGAUGUCAGAUGCUGCCAAGUGGAGCGGACUUUCGCAGGCUGAGCGCAUCAAGAUUUGCCUGCAUGAUCUGAGCCUUUACUACGCGGAUGACCCCGACAUUGAUGUAUACGAGCAGUACAUUGAAGCCUUUGAUAUCAUGUGGGCGGAGGAAUGGAGCGGAGGGGACGCCAUGUUUCUUCCUGGUCAGUUCUCUCGUUUCCACGAUGUUGCCAAAGCACGCGAGGGACAUGUUUUCUUCGUAGGGGAGCACUUGUCCAGACAUCACACUUGGAUUGCCGGGGCCGUUGAGUCGGCAUGGCGAACGACGGCCGAGUUGCUAGGGUAUCUAGUCUAG